UGUGGGCACUAAAACGCAUAUGAGCUCCUAAUCGUUGGCUUGGCUUAAUAGUUCUCUGGUUGAGAGGAAAGUUUUGACAUUUUAGAAUCUUUCGGUGCCUUAUUUUUGCAGACGGAAAUAGCUCGCAAAGAGCUUGAGAGGAGCAGCUAUCUCCGGGGUGUGGAUCACCAAGUACGAAUGUGGCGGGCCAUUCUGAAAAUGAUCAACGCUCAAAGCCCAUCUCCUGUGCGUCGCCACCAACAAGAGGACGUACUUGGAAGGGACGGAGGAGGGUCGUUGUCAAUGCCGUUCUCUGAAAGGGAGCUUACACCAAGGCGCGGUCGGAAGUUUGCCAGGCCGCCAGGCGUUCGCAGAGGGGAGAUCCAAGGGCCCCAAGCCCCGGAAGUCGUUCGCAAAGGGUCCAGGCGUCAGCGUCAAGGACCCCCCGGCCCGGAUGGCGUUCGUCAAGUGCAUCAGCUUCGAGGAUCCCAACAGCGCUCCACACAGCGUGUGUGGAAGCCUUAGCAGCUGAAGCAACGGCAUUGCUAUGGGGGUCAAUAAACUGCAUUGAAAUUAGCCGUCUGCUCAUUAACGACCAACCCCAGUGAGUAAUUUCUCCGACUACAUCGUUUCGACAUCGUUUUCACGUCGUUACGACGUAAGAGCGUGCAUGAAAUCGACGGCUUUUCGACAGUGAAAAGUCAAAACGACACGGACUGUCGAGAAUCCGUCGAUUUCAUGCACUCUUUUAUGUAGAAACGACGUGAAAAACAAUGUCGAAACGAUGUCGUAUGAUACAAAUUUUCAAUGGGACGCCCGAGGCCAUAACAUGCCAUGGUAGAAAUCCCGGUUGCACUCCUGCAUGCGGAACAGUCAAUAACUGAAGUCGC